ACAUUUUCAAUCUAGAGGAAAAAAAUAACUGAAACUCAAAUAAAAAUCACUAAUUAAGUCAAGAGACUCGUAUCCAACUCCGCUUUCCAAAUUUCAUUGACCACCUAUCACUGAAGGCUAAAAAAACCGAGUAGAAACGGUCAAGCUACUUAUUAAGAAUCAAAAAAGAUAUCGUAGCACGUUUGCAUCCGGGCGCUAGACCGAGCAAUGCAGCGUCCGCGCUCAGUUGUUCGCGGGAUCUCACCACGCUUGCUCGUCUACACGUCUACGACGGCUACGCCGUAGCGAGCGCCCGGCUACGAACCAUACAAGUGUUCAUUGAACUAGCAUCUUAUCGAAAAAGUGUUUCGACUAUAGCGUGUACAACUAGAUGUGUUAUUAAAAUUGUGUUUACGUAAACUAAAGUUAAUUGGAUUAUUUAUACCAGAGAAUGUGUUAUGGUCUCUUCAAAUUAUGGGAAGACUUUAGAAGAAAACCACUUUUGGUGGUAAGUUAAUUUAGCUGUGACAAAGAGAGGAGCACAAUAUUUGAGCAGUCUGUUUAAAAAUGAAGGAGAGCAUAGGGAAGGCGCGCAAGAGCCGUCAGGAGGCGGUCGUGACAUGACGUGUGGCCGACACAACGCUCGCACCAACAUGGCUUCUCAGCUGGCAGCAAUCAUACUGUGGCUCGGAGGAAGCGUGUUAGGUCUGCGUGACAUCCAGCUAAGUGUGCCGGAGGCCGUGGGCGUCGGCGCCAGCGCCACGCUCGGCUGUCGCUGGGCGCUGGACGUGGGCGAGGCGCUUUACACCGUCAAGUGGUACCACGGUGCCCAGGAGUUCUUCCGCUUCGUACCCAAAGAACUGCCCAACACGCGAGUCUUCUCACAAACAGGCAUCAGUGUUGAUGUGUCGAGGUCUGGCGCGCAGCAGGUGGUGCUGCGGGGCGUGUCGCGAGGACUCAGCGGCCGCUACCGGUGCGAGGUGUCCGCCGACGCGCCCUUCUUCCACACCGUCUACAAGAGCGCGUUCAUGAGAGUCGUGGAGUUGCCGGAGAUGGGGCCCAGUGUGCGGGCUCAGAAGAGCUGGUACUCUAUCGGUGACAUGCUGCGAGCGAACUGCACGUCACCGCCCGCUGACCCACCAGCCAACCUCACGUGGCUACUCAACGGACAGGAGGUGAAAGGCUUGGAUAUCCCACUGCACGACACGUCAUACGCGCGAAGAAAACCUGUGAUAACCGACUCGUCGCUCGAAGAUGCAAAUAGAAUUAUAUUCAGUCCGUGGGACGCAAUCUCGGGGUACGAGGAACCCGUGACCGACAAUGUAAUAGACAUUCCCGGCAAUAUCGGCGGAGAAGUGGGCAUUCCCCGCACUGAUAGCAAUCGGAAAAACAAGGAGGAGAGCACCACCCGCCUUGCACCCAGACUAGAGCAAAUAGCAAAUAAAUUGAACAUUAGUACUGAGGAAGAGAAAUCCAAUAAAUCAUCGUCGUUCAGCCAGCUUGUUAUAAGAGUACAGUCAGUACACUUUCGCAAAGGGCGGGUGAACGUGACGUGUGUGGCGCACGUGCUGUCCGUGUGGUCGAACAGCGGCGUGCUCAUACUCGACGAGGAGAGGCCGCAGAUAGCCCCAGUUAUGGGCAGCCGGGACUCCAACUCAGGGCUGCGUCGGUCGACGUCGCACAUCGGAGUGCUGGCGAUAUUCAACUGUUUGUUGUACAGAUACUGGACUGUCCGAUGAUCAGAAGACUAAGGAAAUAUGAACUUGUCAUUUUCUCAUCUAAAAUCAGUGUUAGACUUUAGUGAUUGAAAAAUUACAUGAAAAUGAUGCAGGUAACAUUAUUUUAUCGACAACGUGAGUUGAACGUAGUGAAUUUUAUACUUGUAAAUAAUUAAUUAGUCUUGUAUCUAGUACUUUUAAGAUGAUAGUGAUGUUUCGCUUCGACGAACCUUAUGUACGUAACUGUUAUUUAAAAAUAAGAACUUUAAAAUAAAGGA